AUGGGCUUUGGAGGCCAGAGAGAGGCAGCCUGGGACGUGUCAGACUAUGAAGAAUAUAAAGGGGCCUUACCUGGCGGAAGGCUGCGGGUGACCUUGCCGAGUGCCAAGCGGGAUCUGGAGCUCGGCGGCCUGGAAGGGGCAGGUGUCGAGGGGGGGUGGUGCCGGCUGUCGUCGCCUCCACUGACUUUCUCCUUGCUGCUAAUUAGGUCCGCGGAACGAAGCCCACCGGCGACCACGCGGCUGGCCACGAGGGAGAAGGGCCGGCGGCAGGCGGUGCGCGGCCCGGCCUUCAUGUUCGACGCCCGCGGCCCGAGCCUCACCGCCGAGGAGGAGCGCUUCCUGGACGCCGCCGAGUACGGCAACAUCCCGGUCGUGCGCAAGAUGCUGGACGAGUCGCGGACCCUGAACGUGAACUGCGUGGACUACAUGGGCCAGAACGCGCUGCAGCUGGCCGUGGGCAACGAGCACCUGGAGGUGACGGAGCUGCUGCUCAAGAAGGCCGACCUGGGCCGCAUCGGCGACGCGCUGCUGCUGGCCAUCAGCAAGGGCUACGUGCGCAUCGUCGAGGCGCUGCUGGGCCACCCGGGCUUCGCGGCUGCCGGCCGCCGCCUGACGCUGAGCCCCAGCGAGCAGGGGCCGCGCGCCGACGACUUCUACGCCUACGACGAGGACGGCACGCGCUUCUCCCCCGACGUCACGCCCGUCAUCCUGGCGGCGCACUGCCACAGGUACGAGGUGGUGCACAUGCUGCUGAGCAGGGGCGCGCGCAUCGAGCGGCCGCACGACUACUUCUGCAAGUGCCGGGACUGCGCCGACAAGCAGCGGCGCGACGCGUUCAGCCGCUCGCGCUCGCGCAUCAACGCCUACCGCGGCCUGGCCAGCCCGGCCUACCUGGCCCUGGCCAGCGAGGACCCCGUGCUCACGGCGCUCGAGCUCAGCGACGAGCUGGCCAGGCUGGCCAACGUCGAGAAGGAGUUCAAGAAUGACUAUCGGAAGCUCUCCAUGCAAUGCAAAGACUUCGUGGUGGGCGUGCUAGACCUUUGCCGAGACUCCGAAGAGGUUGAGGCCAUCCUCAAUGGAGACGUGGAUUCAGUGGAGCCAGUAGCUGGGCAGCGCCACAGGGCAUCCCUUAGUCGUGUAAAGCUAGCCAUCAAGUAUGAAGUAAAAAAGUUUGUGGCUCAUCCCAACUGUCAGCAGCAGCUUUUGACCAUCUGGUACGAGAACCUCUCGGGACUACGGGAACAGGCCAUCGCGAUCAAGUGUUUGGUGGUGCUGGUCGUGGCCUUGGGGCUGCCAUUCCUGGCCAUUGGCUACUGGAUCGCCCCAUGUAGCAGGCUUGGAAAAAUCCUCCGAAGCCCAUUCAUGAAGUUUGUGGCCCACGCUGCUUCCUUCAUCAUUUUCCUGUGCCUGCUGGUAUUUAACGCCUCGGACAGGUUCGAGGGCAUCACAACGCUCCCAAACAUCACGGUCAUCGACUACCCAAAGCAGAUCUUCAGGGUGAAAACAACCCAGUUCACCUGGACUGAGAUGUUAAUCAUGGUCUGGGUCCUCGGGAUGAUGUGGUCAGAAUGUAAGGAGCUCUGGCUGGAAGGGCCCAGGGAAUACAUCUUACAGCUGUGGAAUGUGCUUGAUUUCGGGAUGCUUUCCAUCUUCAUCGCUGCCUUCACAGCCCGAUUUCUAGCCUUUCUGCAGGCCACCAGAGCACAGCAGUAUGUGGACAGUUAUAUUGAAGAAAGUGACCUCAGUGAAGUCACUCUGCCUCCAGAGAUACAGUAUUUCACUUAUGCUAGAGAUAAAUGGCUCCCCUCUGAUCCUCAGAUCAUAUCCGAAGGCCUCUAUGCCAUAGCUGUGGUGCUCAGCUUCUCCCGGAUCGCCUACAUCCUGCCGGCCAAUGAAAGCUUCGGCCCCUUGCAGAUUUCUCUCGGCAGGACUGUGAAGGACAUCUUCAAGUUCAUGGUCCUCUUCAUUAUGGUGUUCCUGGCAUUUAUGAUUGGCAUGUUCAUACUGUAUUCCUACUACCUGGGGGCCAAAGUCAACCCUGCUUUUACCACAGUGGAAGAAAGCUUCAAGACUUUAUUUUGGUCAAUAUUUGGAUUGUCUGAAGUGACAUCCGUGGUGCUCAAAUAUGAUCACAAAUUCAUUGAAAAUAUCGGCUAUGUUCUGUAUGGAAUAUACAACGUCACUAUGGUCGUGGUUCUUUUGAACAUGCUGAUUGCGAUGAUUAAUAGCUCUUACCAGGAAAUCGAGGAUGACAGUGAUGUUGAAUGGAAGUUUGCUCGCUCAAAACUUUGGUUAUCUUACUUUGAUGAUGGGAAAACAUUACCCCCGCCCUUCAGUCUGGUGCCCAGUCCCAAAUCCUUCAUUUAUCUCGUCAUGCGGAUUGUUAACAUGUCCAAGUGCAGGAGGAGAAGACUGCAGAAGGAUAUCGAAAUGGGAAUGGGUAACUCCAAGUCCAGGUUAAACCUCUUCACUCAGUCUAACUCCAGAGUUUUUGAAUCACACAGUUUUAACAGCAUUCUCAAUCAGCCAACACGUUAUCAGCAGAUAAUGAAAAGGCUCAUAAAGCGUUAUGUUCUGAAAGCCCAAGUAGACAAGGAGAACGAUGAGGUCAAUGAAGGUGAGCUGAAAGAAAUCAAACAAGACAUUUCAAGCCUGCGCUAUGAACUCUUGGAAGACAAGUCCCAAGCAACAGAGGAGUUAGCACUUCUGAUCCAUAAACUGACAGAGAAACUGAAUCCUAACAUGCUGAGAUGUGAAUGACUCAGGGGUCUGGGAGCCUCUUGUCAACUAUAGCAGAAACACGGGCAAUAAUAUUUCUAAUAGAUACUGGGGGGGAGAAGACUAUGUCCAUUUUUAGCAUAAACUGCCUUUAUUAUGUGAACCUUUCCUUGAAAGCUAAGACUUUAAGAGUUGACUAGUUCAAUCCACCAACAAAAUGAUCUUAUUUUAGUUGUCUCCACCGAUGUUUUUACAUUUUUAAAAAAUAAGAUAGCAUUUUACAAAAAGUCCAAUUGUAGAGGGCUGAUCGGGGAGUCUUACCAGCUGGAUGAAGAUAGGUCAGGUCAACCUUGGUUUGCCAUUUUGGUUGGAUCUCUCUUGGGAAGGUGUAGACUUGUCUGUUGUGUGGUGUUGUGGAAAGAGUACUCAGAUGUACUUAGAAUCAUGGGACCUAGGGUCGAAUCCUGUCUCGUCCAUUUACUACCCAUCUAAUAACCUUGGGCCCAUUCGUUUUCCCUCUCUCAGUUUCUUCAUUUGUAAAAUGAGGGAAUCAGACGAGAUGACUUCCAAGUUCCCUUCCAGUUCAAAAAUCUAUGGUGAGCUAACUGUGAUGACUUUAUUGAGAAGACUGAGGACAUCUCCUGGGCUUAAGUCCUUGUGAGUCAUUAAGACCCUCUGAUUAAGAGUGAUUAAACUUUCAUGGGUAUAAUUUGAUUGACUCAGGCUUUGAAUCUGAGCUGCCUCUUUGUAUUAGGCACAAAAGGAGCACUUAGUCUGAAUGUAUGUCUACUGAGGGAUCCAGAGAGAGUGAAGCCAGAGAGGUAAGAGCAGACUAAUAAGCCUUGAAUGGAAGUGGGGUGCAGUGCUUCAUACCCCAAAGACCCUCCAGGAACCAAUCCUCCUUCCUCACAGUCCCAGGGAGGGCAAGCUCAGGAGAUGCCCUUAGUCACAUCAUGGAGGUGUUAAUGGGCGUUUUCACACUCACUUGGGAAACCAAAAUCCCAAACCAAGGCGCACCUUCUUGUAACUGCAUCAAGUUGAUCAGCUUCUCUUAUCAGCUCUCUACACUGCAUUCAACUAUCCUGGAUCAUUUUCCUUUUUUUUUUUACAACUGACCCUUCAACAUUUGCACUAACUGGUUGGCCAGAAAAAGUAAUAGCCCAAACCAUACCUUCCUUUGCAGCCAGUGGUCCAAAAAGAUUUCUUGAGAGAAUUGUUGAAGAACAUAUAUAUAAGCCAAUGGGGCUCAUCAAUACUUGCUGAAACAAUUUUUGUUCUGAGAUAAUCGAUGUUGCCUUUGAGCCGUAAGUUGGGAGCUUGAUGGCAAGGUGUUAUAUUGUACUGUCCAAAGCAACGAACGCUAUUGUGUGCUUUAUUUAUCUAUCUGUAUAUACAUGUUGUAUAUCGUGUCCUUUCAGUUGUAAGUUCCCUUUCCCUUUGUUGAGGUGAUGUGAAUUUAGUCCCAAGUGCAUUUUCACGGGGCAGACUUUAUUUUCAAUUCCCUGCCAGGCUGACACCUCGUUGCAGGUUUCUCAUUGCUGCCUCUGUGUUUAGCAGCUUAAUGUAAGUCACACUUAGUGGGCUUUGCAUUUUGUGAGUGUGUUUUUAUGCAAAGAAAUCAUGCGCUAAAAUGAAGAGUAAUAAAGGAAAACCCAAAGCGCCAGACAGACAGAGCUAGGUCCUUGUCUGGGGAGCUUUGGGAUGCUGCAUAAAUAUAGCUAGAUGCUUGUGUAGCCAGCAGAGGUCGCCAAGGAGGGCAGAAUUGGGCUGAGGAGGACUUUCUUCCCUCUAACACAAAGGGAUAGGUCUUAAUCCUGGGCCACACUUGCCUCUGUCCGAAGGUCUUGCCAGGGGUGGGAAACCUGCUGCCCUGAGGCACAUGUGGCCUUCUAGGUCCUCGGGUGUGGUGUUUUG